AUUCGCUAUGGCCUAUUUACUGAUACUAGAUAAGAAAUGUUAACAGUUUAGGAAAGGAAUGUCGUCAAACUCAAUGGACAGUAGAUAAAGAAGAUAUUGAUCUAUCCACAAACACAACUGAAACAAUGGUAGAUAAGGAACAUGCACGAGAACCAUUUCUCCCAGAUAAAAAGAGGAACAUAGACGCUGAAAAUGGGGCACCUAACUACUUAAUGUCAUGCAGAUUCAAAUUCGGAGUAAUUGUGUUCGCUGCAAACAUGCUAUGUUAUCUUCACCGAGUUAAUCUAAACAUGGCAAUAGUGUGUAUGUUGGGAACUUCGGGUCAACCUGGCCCAAACAAAAACCUAACUGUAACAAUAGACAAUAGUACUGGAAUAAAUCCAUCAAUUCAUGAGUCUUUUCAAAUCGUUUCCAAUGCAGCGGAACAUCUACAGGACAGCAAGCUAUUAAAUUUAACGUAUCGAAACAAUCAAAAUCUGGGACUACCGUUGGAAAACAAAGACGCUGGAAUUGAAAGUACUUCGAUUAGCUACUCGAAAACAGAGACAGUAUCAGCAGGAUCAAAUAAUUUAUCUAUGGAUGAUGUGCCGGAUAACUCCGAUCUGGUUGUUCUAUCAGAAUUCAACUGGGAUAAAGCUGAGAUAUCGCUAAUUCUGUCCUCUUACUACUAUGGUUCAGUGAUAACUCAAAUACCAGCAGGAUAUCUUGCUCACCAUUUUGGCGGGAAACAUGUGAUAAGUGUAUUUUUCAUAAUCUCCGGGGCUUGUUCAUUGUUGGCACCAAUAGCUGCACAAACUAGCACUGCGCUUAUUUUUGUGAUUCGGAUUCUAAUUGGGCUUGCAGGGGGAUUUUUUACUCCAGCAAUAUAUUCUAUUACAAUGAACUGGACAAAACCAUCUCAGAGGGCUGCAUUACUAUCUGUUAUGAUUUCUGGCCAGCCUCUGGGUAUUGUGGUGGCAUACAUGACAUCUGGAUUCCUUUGUGCUUUUGGGUGGUCAACAAUAUUUUAUGUGCAUGGGGCCCUGACAUUUUUGGUUUUAUUGCUAUGGUUAUACGAGAUUCAUAGUUCACCGACAGAGCAUCCAAGAAUUUCGCAAGCUGAACUUACAUACCUAACAAGACAUCUGUCAACGAAAACGCCAUCGAAAGCCGUACCAGCGACACCAUGGAAGUCCAUUUUACUGUCAAGACCUCAAUGGGCCGCCACCCUGGCACAUUUCUCCUUCAACUGGAGCUAUUAUACAUUUAUCAUCAAUAUUCCACUGUUUCUGAAGGAAGUAUUUGCUUUCGUAAUAACUGAGAAUGGACUGUAUUCAUCAAUACCGUACAUAUUCUGCUCCAUAUCCAUGAUGUUUUCUGGAAAACUUUCGGCUAUAGUUGUCAAGAAAAGGUGGCUCACAUUGCAAGCUACACGGAAAGUGUUUAAUGUAAUAAGUCUGGGAGGUAUUGCUGUUUGUCUUCUGGGUGCUGGUCAAUUGACACACGAGUUUCGUUUCCUUGCUGUUAUCUUAAUUUGCAUUUCCUGUAUCUUCGUUGGAUUUACAUUUGGUGGAGUUAUUCCAUCGUAUGCCGACUUUGCUGGAAUAUUUUCAGGGACCGCUUUCUCAAUAGGUAAUGCCAUUGGUGUGAUUUCUGUUGUAUUGUCGGCUUUAUCCGCAGGAUUGCUAACACUAAAUGGUCUUCGGCAUGAAUGGCAAAAUGUAUUUUACGUGGCAGCUGGGAUGAAUGUGUUCAGCAUAAUAGUGUAUAGUUUAUUUGGAGAAGCUACACUACAGAAAUGGGCAAUAGUACAAGACUUUAACACUGUCGAUGAGAUAGAGGUAGCACUCGGAAAAGCCGACUCUGAAAAAGAAAUAGAUGUUUCUCUAGGCAAUGGACAUCUUGAAAUGCUGAAGUCAGAAAUUGAAACAUCGUCUGUAUCCUAACGUAAAUGACGCAAGGAUAAUAUUCUCGUGUAAAUGAAAAUCAUUGUUUAGUAUUUAUUUAUAACAUUGCACAUGCACUUGUCAAGAGCAUUUUGGUCUUCUCUUUUGUAGUCAAUGACCUUCAGCGGUUAUGUAAAUGCAUAAUCAGUCACAGGCUGUCGUUGAAAAUGGUUAAAAUUUGACAUCAAUACUAACAUGAUUGCAAAUGAUGAAAUUUAAAUCGUGAUAGUGAAAUUCAAAAUUUGUAUCAUUCCGACACAACAGAUUCUAUACGGAAGCCUGCUGUUAACAGCAAUAUUAGGCCUAUACAGUUUUUGAAUGGCUUGUCGGCCAAUUGUGGAGGGUCAAU